UAUAAUAGUUUUUAUACUCUUGCAGCAGGGUACAGACUAUGUGGCCAUGUAUUCAGUGUUAGCAGACUUGGUGUUCAAGAUAUAUUAACAGUUGAUAAGCUACCAUGUGCAAAAUCCGAUUCCCUACAACAAGCUUGCUUGACUCGCGAGUCGAUUGAGCGAUUAAAAAACGCCUUUUUACCCAACGAAGUCCUUUCGGGCUUAGCAUACUUUGCCGAGAAAAUAGAUGCCACUGAUGUUGUGGCAAGAAAAGCAGGGCGUAAGCCAAAACUGCCUUUUAACUGGGGACAGAUUGACAUGGUAGGUCUUGGAAUUCAUCUGAUACAACUCUGCAAGAUAGUUUCUGAGAUAUUUGCAAGAGAGCCUAGAUUAUUGAGGAUCAAAUCUCCUGUCUAUGUUUUAGGAGACAUACAUGGCAACUACCCAGACGUGACUUUCUGUGAGAGUUUGCUAUGGCGACUGGGAGUGAAACUGUCUCCAGCCAACAUUCUGUUCCUCGGAGACUAUGUGGACCGAGGUGCAUUUGGUGUGGAGGUUAUCGCCUACCUGUUCUCCAACAAAGCGCUCUGUCCCCAGACCAUAUUCAUGGUUAGGGGAAACCAUGAGGUUAGGGAAGUGCAGAGGACGUUCACAUUCAAAACGGAGUGCUUGAAAAAGUUUGGAAAAGAUCAAGGCGUGUUGGUUUGGGAAGCUGUGAAUAGAGCAUUCGAUAAUAUGCCUCUGGCAGCUGUUAUUGACAAUCAGAUAUUCUGUUGCCACGGCGGAAUACCUGCUCCUUGGUUAUGCCCCACUAUGGAGUCAAUAAACGAAAUUCCACUGCAGCUGAGUGAGCCUGAAGAACAGAGUCCUCUAGCUUGGGACCUACUUUGGAACGAUCCUUUCAGAAUACAAAUUCAGAAACCAAACCGGCAGCAGCAUGAGGAAUUGUUGGAAUACGACGGAUUCGCUCAGAACUGCAGGCGAGGCGCAGGUCACGUGUUUAAUAAAACGGCCUUGAACAAGUUUCUGUCCACUAACGGCCUCACGCAUGUCAUUCGGGCCCAUGAGGUUAUGGUGGCUGGCUUUCAGGUGCACCAGAGUGGAAAACUUCUGACAGUUUUUUCUUCAUCGCAUUACUGUGGCACGAAUAAUGGCGCUGCCUGUAUACUUGUCGCCAAUCGGGAGCUCAAAAUUAUUCAAAUCGAUACAUCCGAGAUUUACAGUAUCAACCAUUCUUACAGGCUCACUAAUCACACUGCUCAAUAGCAGUAAAAUACCAGUUUAAACCAUCAGCUGACCGAAUUGAAACACAGUAUGAUAAAUGCAUAGCUUGAUAUAAUUUAAAUUUUAUAAUUUUGUUAUGUAUUUUAUUUUUAAUUGUAUCUAAUCUUCUAUAUAUAAAAAUGUUAUGUUGGUUUGUGUGUAAUGCAAAAACUCCAAAA